UUAACAAUACAUUCAUCAGGCUUACUUAAUGCUUGCUCACACGGCAUAGUCAAGCAAGCGCACCCCUUGCUUGCUUCACCCUCCCAGCACCCCGGCCGGGGGCCCCCUCCCCCUAGGCAUACAUAGUCCAAAGCUGCACAAAUCUUAUUUGCCUGAAACCACCGGAACAACUGUCCUCGGCUUUGCAAUGCGAACCUAUUUUUGGGGCGAGCCGCACUGCUGCGGAACUGGUUUUUCUAAGCGCUCAGUCGUGGACUCAGUGGGUGACGGCUGGGUGAUGGCUCAGUCGUGGGCUCAGUGGGACGCACUCACUCUACCCUCCCGACGGUGCAGGGACGUGACGUCAACUCCGCAACCAACAUCCGGCACGCGCUGGUGGAGAUGCUGCUGGGGCACAAGCGACCUGAAUCGCUGCAGACUGGCGGCGGCGGCGGCGGCGGCGGCGGCGGCAGCGGCGGCGGCGGCAGCGGCGGCGGCAGCGGCAGCGGCAGCGGCAGCGGCAGCGGCAGCGGCGGCGGCGGCAGCGGCGGCAGCAGCGGCAGCGGCGGCAGCGGCGGCGGCGGCAGCGGCGGCAGCAGCGGCAGCGGCGGCAGCGGCGGCGGCGGCAGCGGCGGCAGCGGCGGCGGCGGCGGCGCGUGCGCGCAUCUUGGUAGCGUAGGGGGCGGGAAAGGCCACGUGGAGGAGGAGAGCGCAGCGCCGCCCAAGAAGCGGCGCAAGCGCGCAGGCUGAGGAGCCGGCUGGCGGUGUCUAGGUAGCGGUCCGCGGUGGGGCUGGCAGGGCAUGCGUAGCGGCAUGACAAGCAGUGCGGCUGUUGACAACUGUGCUGUGCAAGUGGCCGCGUCUGGCUGCGGUUGGCUCUGCUGUGGCAUCGCGAUUGCUAGGCACCUGGUUUGGCUAUGUGCCUGUGGAAACCGACCCCGGCUAUGUCCGGGCGAUGAGGCUGUUGGAAGGUCGCACCAUUUAGGAUUCAGGGUUUGUCUCCCCGGUGGCCUCGUUCCUGGUCCACGCGGUC